CGCUUUCCGUUUGAGUCGGCGUCUUUCCUUUUUCUUCUUCUGCUCGUAGCCUUUGGGUCGAACGCUUCUGCUAGAACCCUAAUUCUAACGAUUCAUCGUCGUGCGAUCUCUACUCCGAGGUCUUCCAUCAUCUCCGCUUCUCAGAUCUCUCCCUUUCCUGAUCGGAUCGUCUUUGCUCGACUCGAUUCUUUCCGAGAGAUCGGAGACAACAAAUGCCAGAAGAAGAUCUGGUCGAGCUCAAGUUUCGGUUGUAUGAUGGAUCGGACAUCGGUCCUAUCCGCUAUUCUUCUUCUUCCACCGUCGCCAUGCUCAAAGAAAGGAUAAUAUCUGAGUGGCCUCGAGAUAAGAAGAUUGUACCAAAAGUGUCUAAUGAUGUCAAACUUAUCAAUGCUGGCAAAAUAUUGGAGAACAGCUCAACAAUUGCCCAAUGCAAAUCACCUUUUGGUGAGCUCCCUGCAGGCGUUAUCACCAUGCAUGUUGUUGUUCAACCUACAUUGACUAAAACCAAAACAGAAAAGGUUGAUGAGUUGCCAAAGAAGACAACCUGCUCCUGCUCUAUAAUGUAGAGCAAGGAGCUAGUUCAUGUUUCUCUCCAACGGUAAUAUCUGAUCUGCUAUGCAGUUUACUGGAUGAAAACAAAAGACACGAUAUCUUGUUUCGUUAGAGGAAGUUCUCUGUCUUCGUGUUUUUUUUCUAUCUCGUUGCCCAAAUUUUAAUUGUUGCACGCCUGUGUUGUUAGUCUUGACCCAGGUAGGUAAUGGCAUGGGAAAGCAGUGCCUUGUAACAUAGUCUUGUAUACUCGCAGGCUGUUUUUUGUGGAUUUCAUUUACGAACUACAGUUAUUCUUAAACAUGUUAUAUAUGUUUUGAUCGCAUUAGCUGCAAAUUAAUUUGAUAACACCGAUAAUA